UGGGUGGAUGAGAUGAUUAUUAUGUUCAUGUUGAUAGUUAGAUAACAUUGUGGUUUGGUUCUGUGGUAGUUUGAAUUUCAAUUUAUAGUUCUGUUUCUGUUGGUCCUGUACUCAAGACAAGUUAAGUUAGUACAAAACAAAAGUCCACGUACCUAUAGUCAUAGACACUCGCCUUUGAUUUGAAAUUGAAACUUACCUCUGUUUCAGUUUUCAGUGGCACAACUUUUUUGUACUUUGUAUGUUUUGCACAUUAGGACUGACUGUGUUUGAAAGACAACGGACAACCCUUGUACCACUGCUGCAUAGUUUGACUGUUUGGACAAGCUACUUUUUUGGUAGAAACAUGUCAGUUUUGUCGCUGGGCUACUCUUUGACCCCAGUCAGUACUCUGCUCGCUGGAGGCUACGAUGGGUUGGUCUACGUGUCCAGUCGACCUCCCCUCGAGGAUAAGAUGGCUCCUGAACCAAUCCGAGAUGCCAUCACUAGAGCUGCCAAGAUUGACGGUGCAUUAUUUUCUGAGGGAGCCUUACUGGAAGUCAAUCUUCCAGCUGGCCGAAUGGUUUAUUCUCCAACUGGACCUCUAACUGAUUACCACGACGUUAGAUCUUUUGGUGAAUCCGCAAAGAAAGGCAUUGCAAGGGCCUUAAAAGCCAAGUUUGUAAAACCACUUUUAGUGUUGAAUCCAGACAGAUCAUUCCCCAAUUGCAACCUUGUUUCUAUCCUCGGUGCGUUGGAAGCAUUAUACGUGAAUAUUCAACAUAGAGAAGACUGUCCUGAUAAAUGUCCAAAAGUAAAAGAAUUGGGUGUGUGGAGUCUAGAUGAUGUCAAAUUGGCAGAAACUGUGAAUUUGGCUACGAUUCUGGAAAAUGGAAGGAUUGUCGCACGAGAUAUCGGAGAUUGUGACCCAGAGCGUAUGGCACCGCCUAGAGUGGAACAGUAUGUGAGGGAAACCUUCCACGAGAACAGUGGCAUCAAAAUCAGCGUGGAGUCUGACAUCGACGCACUAACAAGGGGCUAUCCUCUCUUUGCUGCUGUCAACCGAGCUGCCAGUGUGAUAGAGAGACACAGAGGCCGUAUCAUCUACCUACACUAUGAGCCGAAGGGUCCAGUCAAGGAGACGCUGCUGCUGGUAGGCAAGGGUGUGACAUAUGACACUGGUGGUGCUGACAUCAAGGCGGGGGGAGUGAUGGCGGGCAUGUCUAGAGACAAAUGCGGGGCGGCAGCUGUAGCCGGCUUUAUGAAGGUGGUGUCUGAGUUGAAGCCUGCCCAUGUAAAGGUUAUAGGUGCAUUGUCUAUGGUGCGCAACAGUGUGGGAGAGAACUGCUAUGUAGCUGAUGAGGUCAUCACUGCCAGGUCUGGCGCGAGGGUCCGUGUAGGCAACACUGAUGCUGAGGGUCGUAUGAUCAUGGCUGAUGUCUUGUGCUAUAUGAAAGAGCUCGUUGAGAAGAACGAGGCGUCUGUCAACCCACAUCUGAUGACUAUCGCCACUCUUACUGGACAUGCUUACAUUACUGUGGGAAAUGGAUAUAAUAUUGUGAUGGAUAACGGGCCUGCACAUAAGAAUCAAAACGCUGCCAAGUUCCAUGAAGCAGGAGAACAAAUUGGUGAUCCAGUUGAAGUCAGCGUUCUUCGCAAAGAAGACUUUGAUUUCCACAAAGGUAAGAGUGAAGGUGACGAUGUCCAUCAAGCCAACAACUUGCCAUCAACCAGGACUCCUAGAGGACAUCAGGGUCCUGCAGCGUUCCUCAUAAUGGCAUCAGGACUUGACAAGCAUGGUCUAGACUCCAAACAACCUAUCAAGUACUCUCACUGGGACAUUGCAGGAGGCAGUGGCUGUCUCCCUGACCCGGCCACAGGCCUUCCUGUGUUGACCUUGGCUUAAAGAUACUUGCUCAG